AUGACACUGCAGUACCGGUAUCUCGUCCAACUCUCCCACGCUUCCAUCGUACCAGUAGGAGUAGUAGCACCCGAGGCGAUCGACUACCUCCGGCGCAUGAUGGACUACAACGUCCCCGGCGGGAAGCUCAAUCGCGGCACCACCGUCAUUGACGUUUACCGCGUCCUGCUGGGUAAAGCCACCUUGACCCCUACCGAAACGGCGCGGGCCGCCGUCCUCGGUUGGGCCAUUGAAUUCCUCCAAGCCUUCUUUCUUGUAGCGGACGACGUCAUGGACGAUUCACAAACUCGUCGGGGACAACCCUGUUGGUACAAACUCCCCGACGUUCAACUCGUAGCCAUCAACGACUCCUUCCUCCUGGAGAGUUUCGUCUUUGCCAUCCUUCGUCGACACUUUGGACACGAACCGUUCUAUCUACAUCUCCUCGAGCUCAUGCUCGACGUCACGCACAAGACCGAACUCGGACAGUUGCUCGAUCUCACCUCCCAACCACCGCAGCACCACGAUCAACCCCACCACGUGGAUUUGGACCGAUUCACGCUCACACGUUAUCAGCAAAUCGUCAAGUACAAGACCGCCUUUUACAGCUUCUACCUGCCCGUCGCCAUGGGCAUGAUCCUCAGCGGCGUCACGGACGCCCCCGCCUUGGCCCAGGCCCGCACGAUAUGCUGCCUCAUGGGCGAGUACUUCCAAAUUCAGGACGAUUACUUGGACUGCUUUGGCGACCCCGCCGUCAUUGGCAAAGUCGGAACCGAUAUUCAGGACAACAAGUGCAGCUGGCUCGUAGUACAGGCCCUCGCGCGCUGCACCCCUGCCCAACGGGACGUCCUCCAGAACCACUACGGACAAAGCGACGACCAGAAAGUCGAAACCGUCAAGAGUCUCUACCGAGAACUCCAACUGGUUGAAGUCUUUCACGCCUACGAAGAAGACUCCUACGCGCAGAUUCAAGCCCAACUGGAACAAGUCCAUGCGGUGCCCAAACAAGUCUUUGUCCUCUUUCUCAACAAGAUAUACAAACGCUCCAAGUAAACCAGAGUGUGCCUGUGUGGUAUUGGUACGUGCGGGACAACCGGGAUACCGCAUCCAAAACGACUCGUAGCGUAAAGGAAUAACAAAAACUAAACGUUACUCUACUGCUCGUACGG